UGUGACGUCAACACUCUCGGCUGCUGAUUGGUCGGAGAGAAUCGUCACAAUCGGCGCGCGAGAUAAUCCCUAGCGUCGCAUAUAUAUAGCGAAGCUUGCAGCAUUUUUGUUAACAGAGGAGCUACAACAAUGGCAAAGAAAAGCACACCAUGGUCGGUCGAGGAAGUGACGACGUUCCUCCAUUGUAUUGCAGAUGAUAAGGUCCAGCGGGAGCUCGACGGGACAACUCGCAAUAUCGAAGUCUUUCGGGAGGUCUCUACACUAAUGUCCUGUUACUCAAGGACUGUCGUGCAGUGUAGGGAAAAACUCAAAAAGAUGAAGAGUAAAUAUCGCUUGGUAAAGGACAACAACAACACGAGUGGUGCCAGUAGGAAAAACUGGAAGUGGUUUGACCUAAUGGACACCAUUUACGGCCAUAGACCGGCUAGCGUUGGGAGGGAGGGAGGCCUGGACUCUGCAACGACGUUACUGGAGUCUCUGCAUGAUGAUUACAUUGGGACUAGCGAGGAGGAACAGUUCCGAACAACGUCCUCUGCAUCGACAUCCUCCACAUCAACAGCACAAACUCCAGCUCGACCACAGACACCAACACAGACACCAACACGAGCACAGACACCAACGCCGAGUGCCAGUUCGACACCGCUGCGUGUGGUUCUAGGCAAGAGGAAACGAGGAGGAGAGGAUCUGGCCCUGCAGGAACGGCAACUGGCCCAGCAGAAGGAACACCAGGAGCAGAACCUGGCCGAGCAGAGGGAAGACCGGGCCCAGCAGAAGGAAGACCAGGCCCAGCAGAAGGAAGACCGGGCCCUGCGGGCUCAGCACAUGAACCAGACCUUGGUGGAGGCGAGGGAGGCGAGGCUGUUGGAAGCAGCCUUGAGAAGGGAGGAGAUCGCUCACGCAGAGAGCUUUAAUGUAUCCUUCCUGCGCACUCUUUGCCAGGUGCUAGGGGGAACGGGCAGCCAACGUGCCCCGUCUCCUCCGCCUCUGUGAUCCAACAAAUAACCUCUGGCUGAGAUUAUAUUGUUUAUUUACAUUUGUACUUUCUUGUUUAUUUUUUAUCUUUAAAAAAAAAUAUGUUUAUUUUUAUAA